AACAAAAUAUCUCAAAAAACACUCGAGUUCUUCCAGCAGUUGUUUCAUUCGGGUUGAGAUGAUUGGAAGAAGUGGGCUGACAGAUGCCGAGCCAACUCCACCGGCUACCAUCGGCGGGCGUUUAAGACUUAUGUAAGCUGCCGGCUGGUACCCCCGCCACAACCCGACGCCACAGUGCCGUUUUUGCGGCGACGAAUCCAGGCCCGUCCACGCGAUUUUGGACGGGACCCCUGUCAACCCGGCGCCCUGCACAAGCUCUGUUCUGGGUGCGCCCUGAAAAGUACAAUUCUUUGCCUGGUCCUGGUCCACCCCAUUGUUGUUUGUUGUGACUGGAAGCGCAGACCUGACCUGGGCCAGCUUUGUUGAAUUCUGUAGGAUAUUCGACAGCAUCAACACAAGCAACAAACUAUCGAUCCCGACUCUUUCAGCGCUCUUCAUCGCAAAUCUCGGUUGCCCCUCCUUCGCAAGACCCCGCAAAAAAGAUACCAUCACCAUGGCCGAAGAACCCCCAACGAAGAAGAAGUGCCUCGGUGUCGACUGCGAAAAUGAGGCCAGCUCCCUCCAAUGCCCCAAGUGCUUGAGCUUGGGUAUCAAGGACAGCUUCUUCUGCUCGCAGGACUGCUUCAAGAAGAACUGGGCCACACACAAGUCCAUGCACAAGACAGAGACCAGUAUAUUUGACCCCCGAAAUUUGUUCGUACCCAAGGUGGUUUCUAAACCCGAUCCAGACACCGGCUACUACAACCCAUUCCCAACCUUCCGCUUCUCUGGACCCCUCCGACCAGUUUAUCCUCUUUCUCCCAAGCGCGAAGUCCCCAAGUCGAUACCUCACCCCGAUUACGCCGAAGAUGGUAUUCCCAAGGCUGGCCGAUCUCUCGUUAGGGCGAACAAGAUUGAGCAGCUCAACGCCAAGGAGCAGGAUGGCAUGCGCAAGGUCUGCCGUCUGGCCAGAGAAGUUUUGGAUAUCGCGGCUGCUGCCCUGAGGCCAGGCAUCACCACCGAUGAGAUUGACGAGAUUGUUCACAAGGCCUGCAUUGAGCGCAACUCUUAUCCGUCGCCCUUGAACUACAACCACUUCCCCAAGUCUGUGUGCACAUCAGUCAACGAGGUUAUUUGCCACGGCAUUCCCGAUAAGCGCGUUCUUCUUGAUGGCGAUAUUGUCAACCUUGAUGUCACUCUCUACCACGAAGGCUUCCACGGCGAUCUCAACGAGACCUACUACAUAGGCGACCGCGCCAAGGCCGAUCCUGAUACUGUCCGGGUCGUCGAGGCUGCGCGCGAGUGUCUGGACAAGGCGAUUGCGAUGGUCAAGCCCGGCACUCUCUUCCGCGACUUUGGCAACACGAUCGAGGCCCAUGCCAAGAGCAAGGACUGCAGCGUUAUCCGUACUUAUGUUGGCCACGGCAUCAACCGUAUCUUCCACUGCCCUCCCAACAUUCCUCAUUAUGCCAAGAACAAGGCUGUUGGCGAGUGCAAGCCCGGCAUGACCUUCACCAUUGAGCCCAUGAUCGCGCUGGGCAAGUAUAGGGAUAUCACUUGGCCCGAUAACUGGACCAGCACUACUAUUGACGGCAAGAAGACUGCCCAGUUUGAGCACACCCUACUUGUAACGGAGACCGGUGUUGAGGUUUUGACUGCUCGUACACCAACAUCGCCUGGCGGGCCCGUCGCCAUGCCUGCUUCUUCUUAA